GGACUUCACGCAGCAGCUGUCUCAGGUGUACGAGCAACACGCUGAGGAGUUACAGCUACUCGUUUCCAGCUUUCGCAAGCGCAACGCCGAGCUACGCAAAGAAAGGCCGGCGUGCCACAGCUCGCUGUUCCAGACGUGGGAGACGCUGCUGCAGGAGGUGGAGGUGGACUCGCAGGCGCACGCCGACAUCGCGUCCAUCCUGGGCCGGCAGGUGGCGCGGCCCCUGCUCGAGCGCACCUUCCACCGCAAGAUCCAGUCGCGCAAGGUCUUCACGCAUCGCGAGAGCUUCGAGGUCAUCCUGGCCAAGGCAGAGGACAAGUUAGCCAAGUGUCGACAGGACUACAAAAACGCAUAUCUGUCGUACAUGUCGAAUCCAACGAACGCCGCAAUGGCGGCGUAUCUGGACUGCCACAACAGCUAUGUGCAGCAGCUGCACGCUACCAACGGCAUGCUGGACCAAUAUCACACUGAGACACUGCCACAGCUACUCCAGGAGCUGGAAGAUGUGUAUAGCGACCUCUGCACCACGCUGGCGGACUCCGUUCUGCAAGGGGCAGAGAUCAUCAGCUCACGGGCGGAGGAGCAGUCGCGGCGGUACGAGGGCGUGUCGGGGCAGUGCCGCGCGGUGUCGGCUCGCCAGGACGUGGCCAGCCUGGUGCACUCGCUGGCCUCGCCGCAGCAGCACUCCCAGCGCCACGCACACACCCACGCCUUCGCGUCGCCGCAGCCGCCGCCCACGCCGCAACCCGACAACCCGGAUGGCACGCCCAACGACGGGCCGCCCACUCCAGAGCAGACUCCGCCACCGCUACUCAAGAACGAAAUCAUUGUGGACCGACUGGCGUCGGUGAGCGUGCGAACACGGCUGGAUGCUCUCCGCAAAGAAGCCAUGGAUCUGGAGCAGCAGAUGAAGCAGAACCAAGACGCCUUGGACACUCUGCUGCGCAUUCAACAACGGAGUUUGGAGUCGAGUCUUUUCAACAAAGCGAAUGAGCUGCAAGAGGACAUCAGCUUAAAGAGGUUUGAUCUGCGCGUCGCCCAGAUCCAUUUGGGCGCAGUUAAGGCACAGAAAGAGCUGUUUGCCUCGAAGGCGGAAAGCGCCUCCGACGGUAUGCGCGAGAGAAAGAUGUCCUCCUCCUCCACCGGCAGCAUGAAGAAUAAGUGGCUCAAGGCCUUCAAGAGCCUCAAAGCCAGCAACACCAGCGACGGCGCUCUCAAAGAGCCGGAGAAAAAAAAUCAAAUGUACCAUGCAGUUUCAGCCAUCAUGACAAUGAGGAAAGAAGCGGCGGCGGGCCCGGACAGCGGCUCGCACUCCUUGCAAGAGUACACCUACCGGAAGAUCACUCCCUGCGACGUCUGUUCCCAGGUACUCAGAGGCCACACGCGACAGGGCCUCAAGUGCAAAGUGUGCAAGGUGAACGUGCACGCCGACUGCCAGGAGCGUCUGGGCCGCUGCCAGCCCAAGUCGCGGCUGCUGCGCCGCCAGAAGUCCACGUCGGAGAUCGAGACGCGCCACGCCGACCUGGUGGCCGGCAGCCCGCUGCCCCUGCCACACGACCAGAAGGAGGAGGUAGACGCGACGUACCAGGUGCUGAAGCAGGCGGGAGAGAUCCGCUCGGCGGGGCCGCAGCCGCACCAGCCCCAGCAGCAGCAGCAGCCGCAGCAGCACAACUCGCAGCACAACCCGCGCCGCUCCCUGCGGCCGGCCUGCUCGUCCAGCUCAGCCCCCCAUAGCCCAAGACGACAGAAGCUGAAUCUACGCAUGAAAAGUUUGUCACUAGAUUCACCAGAGUCUACAGAGCAUGUACAGAAACGGAGACAUGCAGCAGCUCAGUCAGCCUGUCUUGACCCACAGACUAGCCACUCUUCCUCAUCUCGCAUUGAGUCUCCAUCAAGCCCUGUUCACAACCGCAGGCUACUGUCUGCAAGGAACAUGCGAAUGAGUUCUGUUGAACUUCCAGAUGAAAAUGAAAAAUCUCUGUCUUCUGCCAGUACAUCACCAUGUCCUUCUCCAAAAUCUCACCGACUCCUGCCAACAAACUUGUAUGUUGUACUGUAUAAUUUCAAGUCUCGUCAUCCUGAUGAACUGGAUCUUAAAGCUGGAUACAAGGUGACAGUAAUUGAUGCCUCUGACAAAGACUGGUGGAAAGGAAAAUGUUUUGGCAGAGUUGGUUAUUUUCCAUCAAAAUAUGUUAUUAAACUCCAGCCAGGUGAGAAGGCACUGCAAGUUACCCACAAUCUUCAAGUAUCAGAUGGCAACAAUGGACUCAUGCUUCUGAGAGACCAGAUUGUAAUUCAAGUGGGAGAAGAGUUGGAUGGAAUGGUAAUGAUUCGAAAUGGAGAAAAUCAACAAGGAGUCUGUCCUCUUAAGUUCCUGCAAGAAGUGUGACAAAGAAUCCAGCAAAGGGUAGAAAUGGUUUCUGGGCCUUGCUCCUCAUCAAAUGUCAAAAGAAACACAUUUGCACAUAAAUACACCAGCAGGAAACUACCAACUCCAGCAUCAUAUAUGAAAUAUAUAUUUGAUGGUUCUUUAAUGGAUGUGACUUCACCUACAGUAUUAUCCUGUAAUUUUCAGUGUGGCUGUACUAGGGACGGGGGAAAAGCAAAAUUACCAUUAAUCAAUGUCUUGAGUGAGAAAAUUCACAACAGCACACCAAAAGCAAAGAAAAAUAAUGCAAUUCGAGAUUUUUUUUCAAGUUCAAGUCGCCCAUUAAGAAUAUCACCAGCACUAUCAAUAUCUGAUGACAGUGACACAAGCUUUUUCUUUAGAGAAGCUACACAUUCUCAGGUCAGACCACUAUCAGUCCAAAUAAAUCCACAUUAGUCAUUUCGGCUGAUGAAGUUCAUCAUAACAAUAGAUUUUUGUAUGGCUAUUUAUGAAACUAAUAUAUAUUCAACAUUUUUUAAGUCUGGUAACACUUCUAUGGAAGUACACAUGACAAACAAAUAUAUCCCAAGAAAUCUGAUGUACAAAUUUAUUCAAAUUAACAGUUUCAUGGAUAACACAGCAUUAACAACUAAGGAAUAUAUAAAUAUAUGAUGUACCGUUCCAAGAAGGAAAAGAAAAUUAUUGCUUUCAUCAUUGUUCCCUAGAGCACUGAGUAAACAUUUGAUUUCUCACAUUCCUUAUUUCAUAAUGAACAUGUUAAAGGCAUCUAUAGUUUCAAUAUUACUAUUAACACAUUAUGGAUGUAUUACAGUAUGAUGAUGUAUUAAAUGAUGAUAUGAAAUCGUAUAUAUUAUCCAAAUGAAAAAAGUUAGCUUUUGUGUCACAGUAGCUGUAGAGUAGUUCUAUAUCACUGGAAUAAUGCAUAGCAGUGAAUUAGAUGAAUAGAAGAAUAUGGUAUGUUUGUGAUGUACAUAUGCUGAUUUUGUCUAUUUGGUUGAUUGUUCUGCUGAGGUAGCUGACAGAUCUCAGAACCUAUUGAAAGUGCUGUAAUUCUUUGUGAGCAGUACUUCAUUUGUUUUCAUAUUGUAAAUGACUUGUAAGAAUAAAAUCACAAUAGUCAUCCUUUCUCAUUUUUCCCACAGUGUUAUUUCUAAAUCCCAUUCACAACCCAUUUUGAUUUCCAACUAUGCUUUUAUUCAGUUCUACAUAGCCUCUUUGAAAUGCUAUUUACUGAGUUGUAGAAUAUAUUGAAACUAUUCUAAAUAAAUCCUAUGUAGUUGUACAUUGAAUGUGACAACAUAAGCUGCAACAAUUACUUGUGACACAGUUGGUUGUAACUUCAAAUGAAAUUAAGUUAAGCUUUGUAAAAUAUUGUACUUCCUUUAUGUCUGUAAUCAGUGUCUUAUAAUACCUUAGAAAGUAGUAAAAAAUUCCAGGUAGGACUGGAGUUACUUCUAAUGUAAAUACCAUAGCUAACAUGUAGUACUGAACUUCAAUUUUGGUUAUUCAGAAAACUGAACAAAAGUAAAUGAAAAUUUAUGUUGCUGUUGAUAAUAUUUGUAUUCAGUAAGUCAAAAAGCUUUACAUUCAACAAGCAAAUACAAAAAAAUGGCCCUACAUCUUGUGCAUAUGUUACCAGACAUAGACAGCAUCAUCAGCAAAAGCACCUAAAAGGUUUUUAACUGACAAACUGUUGUAGUAUCUACUCUGUGAUUACUGUGCUUUUUUACAUCCAUACAAAAUCAUAUAUAGGCCACUUCUUUGUCAUUUAUGGAACAUAGUGGUGUAUUUUCAUUCAGACCUCAUGCAAAUGCCCUUCUGAUUUUUAUGAAACAAAUAUAAACAGCCAGUGCAGUCAGAAAAGAGAAUUUAAGGAAAAUGUUGGUGUACAUAAUGCAAUCUGUCAUAAAAUGGUAUUAUUUUUGACAUAUUUUAGAAAUUUCUUAAAUCUACAAUUCCUAGCUUUGCAUUUGAUGACUGAAAUUACCAUAUAACUCAGUUUUAACCACAACAAAAGCAGAAAACUAUUUUCAGUAACUCAAAAAUAUUUGUACCAUGUAAUGGAACAUUUCUAUGACUUUGUUAAAGAACAGGAGGGUGCAUUACAUUUUCAUUGUAAAGGAAUUUAAGACAUGCCACUGAUAUAUUGUGACACUUCUAGUUGCAAACUCAAAGUCUUGAGAUCUAUUAUAUUAUGAGAUCACUUUGUACUAUGUUGUGUAUUGUGUGUCUAUCAGGCAUAACUGUGUAAAAUACGGCUAUUUCUUCAGUGUACCAUCUUUCUUAUUUGAAAUAAUAAUUUGUAUUGAAGACUUACUUUAUGUU